AUGCCGCCAAUCCAGGUUCACAUUGACGAUCCGAUAACCCCAAAGAAAGAAGCGGAAGGUAUGUUGCAGAAGCCAUAAAGAGAGCCUCAAUGGGCAAUCGAUCUUUUAAAGAGACAUCUGACUGUCUGAUAUCAGCACCCGUGCAACAAUCGCCCUAUCCAGCAGCACGGCCUGGCGCACCUGCUGUCCCUGCUCCAACUCCUUACGUUCCAAACCCACAAUCACAACCGCAGCCGACACGAACGACGCCCGCGACAUCGAACCAUGGGCCUCCGCCUCCACAACCUGGCGCUGUCCCUGUUGCCCCAGCCUCGCAGCAACAACAGCAAAUACCCAUGACUGCACCACCUUCGAAUCUUCCUUCACCUCCCAAAGCUGGAGAGCGACCACCACCUACCACGACGAUGCCGGCGCAGAUGGGAGUUCCUCCGCCAACGCAGCAAGCGAAUGUAAGAGGAACAUCGGCAUACAGUCCACCUGAAAGAGCAGGAGGUCCAACGACCGUGAAUUUUGGGGCAGCACCUCAACCAAUACCAGCAGCGGCUUCACAUCCUCCCGGAUACCAGCAAGAUACGAACGCGCAGGAGAUGAGCAGCGCUGCGAGGGCGAGUUUGGAUGCGCAGGAGCGAAAGGAUGGGAUGGGAGGAUUUGGAGGCAACUUUGGAGGCGGCAGUAGCAGUGGAGGAGGUGGUCUGGGUGGCGGUGAUGGAGCGGGAGAUAUGUGGACUGCGGUGAAAGGGUGGGUGGGCAAGGCGGGUGAGACGCUUGCUGAGACUGAGCGGGAGGUCUGGAGAAGGAUUGGUAAUAACAACUAA